AUGUUGCGAUUUACUCGUCUUUUUCGUGAGAUGGCCCCAGAGCUGCAGCUGGAGUACAUGCCAGUACUAUUUACGAGGACGAUCCUAGGACCGCAGGGAGGGUUUGCAGGUGAGGAGCGGCUUGUCAAACUGGAGGUGGCGCGGAAGUAUAUGGAAGCGGGCCACGCUGUAACGCCCACGGAGGAACUUCGUCGCGGGUUGUGGUGCUACAAUCCCGACACUGACAAGUAUGACUGCUUUAUCGAACGUAAUGAAGAGUUCCUCGAUUUUGCUGCACGGAAGCGGCAGUGGCUCGACGUGUAUUGGCGGGUGAACACAGGCUACCUGCUCUUCGGGCGGCAGUCUUGGGGACAGGGCUUUCUCAUUAACUGUCCACUUCGCAAGAGGGAUGUUGCACAGAAGCUGUGGGAGCAAUACAAGGUGCGUAUAGACCCUCGUCUGAUAGAAUUCCGUGAGAAGGACCGGCGAACGGGCAUACAAGAGUUGGGGCACAACUGGUGCUGGCUCUACCUACCCGGGGCAGAGGAGUUGGGCAUUAACCGUGAAGUGUACGAUAACAAGCGGGUAAAAGUAAGAAUACAUGUGCGCAAAAUGAACUCCAUGUUCGCACUUUAUUAG